UCUGCGCGGUCACACACACACCGACCUGGUUUGAACCACCGCCGCCGUCUCUUCUCAUCCCAUCUCCUCCUCUAAACCACCCGCUGCCGUCUCACUGCUGUUUUUCUCUUUGUGUGUGAGUGGUGUGUGUGUGUGUUUGUGUGAGAUCUUCAUUUUUUUGUCUGAGGCCAUCGUGCGAUGCCAUUCCUUCCCCAGGAAGCUGAGCGGUUCGAUGGGCUGUCUCUACUCUACUGGACGAUCAUGGGCCCGCACGGCAUCAGCCGAGCUGUACAGAGGCUGGAGUUCUGCGACUGCAAGAAGGGACUCGGUGUUAAAAUAAUUGGGGGCUACAGGGAGCUGACGGGAGAGGAGUUUGGCAUCUACAUAAAGAGGGUGAUUGUUGGUGGGCUGGCCGCUCUGGAUGGUCGGCUUAAGUCAGGUGACCUGAUUUUGGACGUCAAUAACAUCAGCCUGAUAGGGGUGACCAAUGAGAGGGCGGUGGUGGAGAUCUUGAGGACAGCCUCGCUCUCCAAUCACAUGUCCCUGCUGAUUGCCAGAGAUGAGGAAUCCAGGAGGGAGUUUGCUGAGCUGAUGGAGAAGUACGGCUCCAAUCACAUCACGGCUUCAGGACGAAUCUCUCCCACGCAGCUCUCCACAGGGAAGCUGACAGACACGGCCUCCUCCUCCUCCUCCUCUCGCUCUGAGAGCCCCCAGCUCCUCAGUCCUAAAGAGGGGGUCACCGCCUACACUCACACCGCCCCUUACACCAUGCACACACCUGCGCACGCCUUCAGUGACAGUGUCAUUCAGUUGAUAUGUGUUGCAAGGGAACAGGCCUGGGGGCUCAUCAUCAAGGGCGGAGCCAACCGUGCUGAAGGACCUAUGGUGUUCAUUCAGGAAAUAGUGCCUGGAGGAGACUGCCAGAAGGACGGCAGGCUGCAGGUUGGGGACCAGCUGGUGUCCAUUAACAAAGAGUCCUUGAUUGGAGUGACAUAUGAGGAAGCCAGGAGCAUCCUGACACGUACCAAACUCAGACCUGACCCGACAGUGGAAAUUGCCUUCAUUAGGCGGAGGUCGUCCUCCAGCUCCAGCAGCGGGCCACAGAGCCCCAUCUCCCUUCAGGGGUCUGGCAGUGGAGGUGGAUCCCAGAUGAGAGCCCCGGUGCUGGGCACUGUGCCUCAGCAACCAGCCGUAGUUACCAAGAUCACCUCCAGCCGAAACCCCGCCAGCGAGACCCUGCCGUCAGUCAAUGUCACCCAGGUGCGAGUGUCUCCGAGCAGAACAGAGCAGACACGUGUGUCCUCGCCACCAGAGAGUCACAGCAUCCCUGAAACAAACCCCGAGUCUCCAAGCAGUCAGCCUCCUCAGAGGAAAUGCUCCCUCAGUGCCAGCUGCCGCCUCAAAAUAGAAAGGUUGGAGCAGGCUCUGGAGCUGAUUGGUCUGAAGCCGACAGAGGCUCAGCGGCAGGCGCUCAGGUCCACACUACGAGCUGACCCAGCCGGGACGGUGGCCUUCACAGACUUUGAGAGCCUGAUCAAGGAGCUAUUCAAGCCUCAGCUGGCGGAGCUGGGUGUCACCCAGCCUGGCUCUAGCUUCACGUCUGAUGACCUGUUCAGCUUGCUGGAGUCGCCCAGCAACCCACGGCCGUCACUGUCGGACUCAGAGGACCUGGAGGAGAUGGAGAGGCUAAGGAAGGAGCACAUCGAGGCUCUGAGGGAGAUCAAGAGGCUGCAGGAGCAGCUGGUGGAGUCUCAGAGAGUUCACCAUCAGAUGGAGGAGGAGCUCAGCAAGGUCAAACAGGAAGUAAAACACGGAGCAGAGGAGAGUCGAGCUCUGAGGACCCGGAUCCAGCUGGCCGAGGCGGCCCAGAAGCAGGCCAGAGGGAUGGAGAUGGACUAUGAGGAGGUAAUCCACCUGCUAGAGGCUGAGAUUGCAGAACUGAAGACUCAGAGAGUGGAGCACCAGGCGUUGACCAACAAGGAGGAGACAGAGGAGCUGAAGAAGAGAGUGGCCGUCCUGGAGUGUCAGCUACGGAAGAGCGAAGCAGCCAAAAAGGGGUUUGAGAUGUCAACAGGAAAACUGCUGAGUUUUGUGGAGAAUGUUCAGGAGUUCCUGCUCGAAAGCCACGGCCCCCCGAAGAGCUACAGCUCCGGAGAUGUCAAAGUUGGGGCGUCAUCUCAAGGCCUCGCUCCUCGCUACAAGAAAAGCCCAUGGACAGCAGCCACACUCGCCCAGGAGGCAAAGGAGCUCACUCGGACUGUCAGAGCCAUCCUGGAGGUCGACUUGCUGACCUUCUAGACGACCCGACUGUAGGAGAACAAAGUCAGUGAGAUGUCAUCCGGACUUCACCAGCCAGCCGUGAUCCCCACCGCUCUCUUCCCCCAACAGCUCCUCGUCUCCUCAGUUCCUGCCUAAAGGAGUCAUGGUGUCAGAACUCUGCAUGAAACAGUCUGCACACAGAACAGCAGCUUUGUUCCAGCGUUUUAACCUGUAUCGACUGAAGAAAGGCUCCGAUGUUUUAUCUGGGAGCAUCUCAUGAGAGAUUUUUGUACAGGUUAACUCACUUGAAGAAGGCGUCUGUAAAACUGAGGGACUACAUGAAUGUUUUCAAGUUAGGCCCAUUUUAAAUUUUGUAAUGAGAGUAACAGCAGCAAAACCAGUAGGUCCAGAUCCAGUUCACAAAAAUUCCAAACAAAAAUAUAUUUUUUUAUUUAUUUUUUGUUUUAUCAUUUGUGUACAUCAUUGAAAAAUGCAGCUUUUCUCUGAAAAUGACUUAAAGUGGCAUUAACACUGACUGUAUUCUUAAUAUAUUUAAACUUUAUUUAAAUAUAACUUUUCUUUGUCAAAGUGCAACUUUUUUCUUUUUUUUCAGAGUCUGUUAUGAAUCCCAUUUUCAAGCCUCAAUGCUACCAUUAUCCGCUAAUUAGUGUUCAGUAACAUCCAAAUGAAAUCCUAGAAUUUUCCUCACUGAAUACUUGGGCAGUCUGUUAGUACAAUGAAGUGCACAGUAGCCAUAUUAUUAGUCAGAUAAUUGCAUUAAAAAUCCUUCAAAAGGGUCCAACAGCACAAAUGUGAUCCAGAGGUCCAGUUCAGGGACUCCAGUUAGCUGAGAUGAAGCCUAGCAAACAGCUAGCAGGUACAACCGCCUGUGUCACCAUCCACCUGUCAGUCAGAGGCCACACCCCUAAUAAUGCAAACCUUAAGCCUUAAUCCAAUUUAAGCAGAUGAGUUAUAGAAACGUCCUCCCUCAUACAGCUGUUAUGAAGGGGGAACAGAGACCAAAGCAGUUUCAGUAUCAGGCUGUAAACAUGUUUGUUUCAGCUGUAAAGUUUUAACUGACCGCUACAGUGACUGACUCACUGUAGCACCUCUGCUGGACUGCAGAGGAACUGCAGCCCUUCAGGCUGCUGCGUGGAUAUGACUUUUUUUUUUAAAUAUAUAUCUAUGCUGGCCUUUUCAGCUUGCAUCUGACUGUUACAGAAAUUUUAUUUUUGAAUAUUUAUGGCUGGAAAGUUGCAAAAUUCAACAUUAGCAUGAUCAGUGGAUAAAGUCCCUAAAACAUUCAUGUAGUCCUUUGAAUUUUACCCUGCCUCUCUCUCUGUAUCAAUAAAUAUCUUCAUGUACCAAGCAAUAUAAAGCAAUAUAAACUUCUACAUUACAGUAUCAAAAGGUUGCCAUGUACUGUAGCUGAGGCUCCUUCAUGAGCAAGUUCAGUCUAGAUAACUUACAGUAGUUUCUGUCUCAUUACUCUCCGUUACAUGCUCAGUGUUUAGCUUUGAAUGCUCGUGUUUGUGCAGUAGAUUAGCCAGCAAAACGAAGAUGAGAAGCAUCAUUAAACAGAACUGGAGGAGAAACAUGCAGCCAUCGCGUUCAAAUGGGAACUCUGGGAUUAAAGAGCCCUUCAGAGGCUUUGAUUGCAAUUGAAGGUUUUUGCUGUUUGUGUUUUUCAGAGUAAAUAUACUGGAGCAAACUGCUGAUCCUGAGCUGUUCUUUGUGAAAAAGGAUCAGCUGUCUGAAGCUGCAGCUCUCUAACAUAUGGUUGUCACUUCUCUCUCUGAACAGCUGGGCUGCGACUGAGAUGGAUUAAAAAAAUUAUUAAAAAAGGGUUUAUUUUUGAUCUGAAAUGCUGCAGCUUCAGGUGCUGCCAAAUGAGGAUUGUCUGAGAAGUAAGGAUUGGCAGACAUUUUAGUUUGAAGGUACAGUAUGUAAAAUUCCCACAUUAA